AUGGCGGACUCAGACAUGCCGAACGCAGAUGGUGACGGGAAGAUCAUCAAAGAGGAGUCUUCACCUGAGCUUAUUGUUACAGUUACUGAAGAUGCAGAAGAUAAAGUGAAAGAGGCAGAAAAACUUAAGGAAAAGGCUAACGAGUUUUUUAAAAAUGAAGAUUAUAAUCAAGCAAUUACAUUCUACACACAAGCAAUAGAACUGAACCCAGAGGUAGCUACAUACUUCUGCAAUAGGAGCUUUGCCUACCUACGAACAGAGUGCUUUGGUUAUGCUUUAAAUGAUGCUGGCCGUGCCCUGCAGCUUGACAGGUCCUAUAUUAAGGCCUAUUACCGACGAGCAUCUGCCAACAUGUCCCUGGGAAAAUACAAGCUAGCACUCAGAGAUCUAGAGACCGUAGUAAAGGUUCGUCCAAACAACAAAGAUGCAAGGGCAAAGUUCAACGAAUGUCAGAAGAUAGUACGCAUGAUGGCUUUUCAGAAGGCCAUAUCAGUUGAGGAUAGCAAAUCUGUGGCAGAGCAGAUUGACCUGGCUGCAAUGAGUAUUGAUGAUGACUAUACUGGACCAAACUUUCAGAAUGGAACAGUUACAGAGCAAUUUGUCAAAGAACUCAUGGCAACAUUCAAAGAUCAGAAAAGUUUACAUAGAAAACAUGCAUACCAGAUUAUCCUGGAGUGUAAGAAAUUGUUUAUGAACCAGCCUGCAUUAGUUGACAUCACAGUACCAGCAGGGGAGAAGUUCACAAUAUGUGGUGAUAUACAUGGACAGUAUUAUGAUCUACUUAACAUAUUUGAAUUGAAUGGACUUCCUUCUGAGAAAAAUCCAUAUCUUUUCAAUGGCGAUUUUGUGGAUCGAGGUUCCUUUUCAGUAGAAUGUAUUCUUCUGUUGUUUAGUUUUAAACUGCUUUACCCAAACCACUUCUUCAUGGCCAGAGGCAACCAUGAGAGCUACACUAUGAACCAAAUGUAUGGCUUUGAAGGAGAGGUAAAAUCAAAAUACACUGCCCAAAUGGCAGACUUGUUCACUGAAGUCUUUAACUGGCUACCGCUGUGUCACUGUAUCAACAACAAAAUUCUGGUAAUGCAUGGGGGAUUGUUCAAAGAUGACAGCAUAACGUUAGAUGAAAUCAGGCAGCUGCAGAGAAAUCGACAACCACCAGAAAGCGGUGCGAUGUGUGAACUUUUGUGGUCAGAUCCACAAUCAGUCUGCGGUCGCAGUGAAAGUAAACGAGGUGUUGGCACAAUGUUUGGUCCUGACAUUACUAAGGCCUUCCUACAACGCAAUAAACUUGAUUACAUUGUGAGAAGUCAUGAAGUUAAACAGGAGGGAUAUGAGGUGGCUCACGAUGGCAAGUGUAUAACUGUGUUCUCCGCCCCAAAUUACUGUGAUACUAUGGGCAAUAAAGGUGCAUUCAUUAACAUCAGAGGUGAUGACUUGACGCCCAAAUUUACAUCCUUCAACGCAGUGCCACAUCCAAAUGUCAAGCCCAUGGCCUAUGCAAGUUCUUUAUUCAGUAUGUUUGGAUGAUGGACCAAUCACUUAGUGACUUAAUACUGUGUGUGAAUCUGUGCAUGACAACUUUGUGAGAGUGAGUCGUUGUCACUAAAUUUUGACUGUCAUGUUCCUGGAGGAUCAGUCUUUGCUGGUGGACCAAGGCAAUAAAAGGAGACUCAAUCCACAGUGGAGGACCAGAAUAGAAAAAGGGGGACUCAAUCUACUCCCUAGGACCAGGGCAUAAAAAGGGGGACACAGACUACUUUAGAGGACCAAGGAAAAAAAGGAGAGGGGACUCAAUCAUCUCUUGUGAAACAGGGCACAAAAACAUGAGACUCCAUCUCACCUAAAGAAUGAGUUGAUUAUAGUGGAGGGUUAGCCAUGCAUAUGUACCUGGUAGUAGUAGUGGUCUCUUACUGCUAGCACGUCACUUAAAACAGAAUGUCACAAAACUGUUGAAAACCUGUCUAGUGCUGUCCUUAAACACCUGUUCAUACUCUUACUAAAUUGGAAAACUCCCAAUAAUAUCCGAUACUUCUGGAUUAUUUUAAAAAUUUGAUGAUAUGUUAAGAUAGAAACCUCUAAAAAUUGGAAAACCGUUUAAGAUAGAAAAGGUACAAUUUUUUUUAACUGAUAAUGUUUUGUUAGGAAGAUUGUAAAUAUGUGUAUUCUGUUUUAACUGUGUUUUAUUCAUUUAAUUUAAAGACAAAUUUAAUAACUACCUGGUAUACUUCGCAUUUUAGUGCUGAAUAAAUCUAGUAUAUCGUUGCAUUAAAUUUGUCUCUGUUAUCCACGAUAGUUUCUACACUGUACUAAACCGAAAGAUUUAAAAGCAGAAUUGGAAAAAAAUCACUAAAUCAUUAGGCAAUGUAAUUUGCUUUUAACUUCAUCAUUGUAAUCAUAGGUGUGGAAAUAUUGGUCUGUGGAAACUAGAAAAUUUCAGAUGAUUAAAUUUAUAUAUAAACCAUAUAGGAAAAUUAUGUUGGUAUAUACAAAAUUUAGACUAUACUAUAUUUUACUGAUGAAUUGCAAUGAGGUGAACUAAUAAAUACACAACAAAAGGGGUGUGAUGGAUCAUUGUUUACACAAUAAAGAGGAGGUGAUGGAUCAUUGUUUACACAAUAAAGGGGAGGUGAUGGAUCAUUGUUUACACAAUAAAGGGGAGGUGAUGGAUCAUUGUUUACACAAUAAAGGGGUGUGAUGGAUCAUUGUUUACACAAUAAAGGGGAAGUGAUGGAUCAUUGUUUAAACAAUAAAGGGGAAGUGAUGGGUCAUUGUUUACACAAUAAAGGGGAAGUGACGGAUCACUGUUUACACAAUGAAGAGGAAAAAGAUGGAUGACAGUAUCACCUUUACUCUUUUCUUGUUAUAAAACAAUGGACUGUUCAGAUACCUGGUACAUGUUCUCGUCAGUGUUGUUCCUUUAAGUAAACUGUGAUUAAUCAUAAGCACAUCUUUUCAUAAACAAGUUCAUGUGUAAAUCCUCUCUACUUGUAGAAUCAAAUUUGGAGUCUAGUCUGUGAAUAACUUCUCUUUUUAAUCUUGAGAAACAGUGUUUAAAAAAAUAUUAUUCAUAUAAGUGUGUGCAGUUGUUGAAUCACUCAGGUCUCAAAUCACCUAUUCUGUGUAGUUUGUCAUAUUAAAACCAUUGAAAGCUGGCAUGUAUGGUGAAAUGAAUCAAUUUGCCGAGCUGUGUAUACAUGAUUGACUAUGGCCAAUGUUUUGUGAUAUUGUUAAAUAGAGUGCUGACCACUUACUCAGAUAUUACUAAUCAAUGAUUACAAAA